AUGGGUAAAAUAACUAAAUCAAUAGACGACAUAAUAUUAAAAGCAUUUAAAAAGUACACAAUUGAUGAAAAUGUAAUAGCUAAAAAUUUUGCAAACGAAUUUAAAAAAUCAGUAAAUGACAUUGUACCACAAUGCAAUACUCCACUACUGGACAAAAAGCACUAUCUAUUUAAUGAAGACAAAACAAUGCUAUUUAAGAAAGCAAAGAGCAGAGAUAUAUAUAAAAUUAUUAAAUCACUAAAUCCAAGAAAAGCUCCCGGUAUAGAUAAAAUACGCGCCCUCGACCUCAUAGCAAUAGGGGACAAGAUUGUAAAUUCAAUAAAAAAACUAAUUAACGUUAGCGUAAUGCAAGACUAUAGUAAAGCUUUUGAUACCUUAAAACAUGAUCAGUUAGCGGAGAGAUUAGACGCCACUGGUAUACGUGGACCUUUGUUGGAAUGGUGUAAAGACUACCUUUCCAACAGAAGUUAUAGCGUUAAAGUUGGCGAUACCAUAAGUGACGCUGUUAAUGUUAAUAUUGGCACUGCUCAAGGAUCGCCUACUAAUAAUCCUACUGAUGGUAAAAAUGCGAAAGUUAGUGGAUUUGUUGCUCUUUCACGCAACAGCUACGAACUAAUUGUAAUGAAACUCGAUAAAUGGAUGGAUGGAGAUCCAGAAUAA